AUGGCUCCCUCUCUCCUCAAGUUGGGUGCCGCUGUCCUGGCGUGCUCCACAAGUGUGGCUGCCAUCGAAUCCUACCAGCUGUUUGAUUCGUACAAUGCCAGCAACUUCUUCGACAAGUUCAAUUUCGUUGAGUCCAAGUAUGGCACCGGAAACUACAACGACGUCGACCUCUCUAGCGGUUACAUCAACUACCGCAGCCGGCAAGACGCCAGCGACCUCGGCCUGAUUGCCACCCAGGGCUCCGAAGUUUUCAUGGGUGUCAACCACAAGGAUGUGCUGAACAACACCGAUCCGAACGGCAAGGGCCGUGAUAGUGUCCGGAUCGAGAGUAUCGACCGCUACACACACGGCCUUUUCAUCGCCGACUUUACGCAUCUGCCCAAGCCUACCUGCGGUCUGUGGCCUGCAUUCUGGAUGUAUGGUGACCCGUGGCCGACUGUCGGCGAGUUUGACAUCUACGAGAACUGGAACCUGGCUGGUGCCAACUCGAUCACACUUCACGCCGACAACUCGUCCAAGGUUGGCUCUUGCACGCUCACCGGUACGGGACAGACUGGUGUCCUUGGUGGUCCCAACUGUGACAACUAUGUCAGCAACCCUCCAGUGCAGUAUGCGGGCUCUGGCUGCAGCGCCAACGAGCCCCUGGCGCCCCAGUUCUACGAUAGUGGCAGUGUUUAUGCUAUGGAGUGGAGCAGCCAGAAUAUCAGCGUUUGGAGCUGGCCGCGUGGUUCCGCCCCUGCGGAUGCCUUCACUGAUUCUCCAAACCCCCGUUCAUGGGGCACACCCGCCUUCUACAUCUCCCAGUCCACUUGCAACCUUGACGGUGUCAUCUCGCAGCAGAAGCUUGUCCUCAACAUCGACUUCUGCGGUGUCACAGCUGGCAACAAGGAUAUCUGGCACUACGGUGGGUGCGAGGCUGCGACCAAGGAGACUACCUGUGCCGCCUACGUUGCCAAGAACCCCGAGGCCUUCGACCAGGCUUUCUUCAAGAUCGGUGGCAUCAAGGUGUUCAAGCUCCAGGACACUCCUGUCACCAACACGACCCAGAGCAGCACCACCACGACGGCGACUACUUCGUCGUCUACGUCGUCUACGUCGUCUGUGAUUACUACUAGUUCGUCCAUCCCGGCCAACACGACGGAUCCCACGGCCACGGUUCUGCCCACGAACUCGACAACUGCUCCCUUCGGCAACUCAACAACAUCCACGGAUCCGAUCACCACGACUAGCAUGCCUCUGACGACUGGAACAUCUGACCCUACCAGCGUCCCUGUGAACAACUCAACCACCAGCCUCCCUCCCUUUGUCAACUCGACGACGUCAGCGGAUCCGGCUUCGACUACCAGCGCCCCGCUGACGACUGGUGUGUCUGAUCCUACCAGCCUACCUGCGGCCAACUCGACCACCAGCCUCCCUCCAUUCGGGAAUUCGACAACGUCAUCGGAUCCAAUCUCAACCACCAGUGCUCCGUUGACGACUGGUGUGUCUGGUCCUACUGGUAGCCCAUCUGGAAACUCAACCACCAGCCUUCCACCCUUCUCCAACACGACGACUGUGGACCCCAUCAGCACGCUGCCUAGCAACUCAACUGCUACUGAUUUGUCUACGACUAUCGUGGCUAGCCCAACAUCGACGGCUCCAUUCGGAAACUCGACCACGUCAGAUGCUGUCACUACUUCGGCUGCUCUCAGCACGGGCGUGUCUGGUCCCACCGGAAGCCCCUCCGGUAACCCCUCUGGUAACCAGACCUCUACCGCUCCGCUGUUCACCAACACCACGACCAUCGUCUCCUCUACUCAGAUUCAGACUCAGACUCAGGUCAUCAAUGCCACGUCGACGGAUCUGCCGACCUCGACGCAGACGACUCCCACGGGCGCGAGCACCACAUCAGUGGCGUCCUCGAGCUCCACCGUUCUGCCUCCCUUUGCCAACACGACCGUCACCAGCGGUACUGUCUCCUCCUCGACUGUGACUGGUGACCCGAACCUCACCACGGAGAUCCUGUAUACCACUUCGAUCUUCACCAUCAGCUACUGCCCGACAACCAUCAGUGACUGCUACAAGAGCCUGGGCCAACUGACCACCGAGAUCAUUCCCAUUGCCACAAUUGUACACCCCAUUAUCACUGGAACCGGCGGUUCCGCGACCGUUCUGCCCACGGGAACCUCGAACGGUACCAAUGGCCAGGCGUCCUCAACCGGCGUUCCUUUGAGCACCGGCUCUGGCUCUGGCUCCGGCUCCGGCAGCGGAUCUGGUAGCAGCAGCUCGAUCGCUGCCGUGGCCACCAGUGUUGAUUCUUCAUCCGUCAGCUCGAUCGCUGCCGUGGCCACGAAUGUGGGCUCUUCAUCCAGCAGCACUGCUGGAGCGAGCAACGGCAACGAACCUGCCUCGGGUGUCACCACCGGCGGCAGCGCUUCGCAGACGGGCGCCGGCAACCCGACGUCGACGGGAGCCAUGACCACGAGCACCAUCUUCACGACGUCCGUCUACACGGUGACGGCCUGCCCGUCGACCGUCACCAACUGCCCCGUUGGCCAGGUCGUCACCAAGGUCAUCGCCAUCUCGACGACCGUCUGCCCGGUCACCGCCGUGGCGACUCCCACCUCGAUGGCCGCCAGCACUCCUCUGCCCAGCGGCUUCACCACCUCGACCAUCCUCGUGACCAAGACCUACACUAUCACGUCGUGCAGCGCGACCGUGACCAACUGCCCCGUCGGCAAGGUCACCUCGACGGUGUACGCGACCACGACGGUGUGCCCGAUCAAGCCGGCCAGCACGCCUCUGCCCAGCGGCUACACCACCUCGACCGUCCUCGUGACCAAGACCUACACGAUCACUUCGUGCAAGCCCACGGUGACCGACUGCCCUGUCGGUAAAGUCACCUCGGCCGUGUACACGACGACGACGGUCUGCCCCAUCGGCAGCAACCCCGGCAACAACAACAACGGCGUCGGCGGCGGUGCUUCCACCAUCCAGACCAAGGUCGUCGCGGCCUCCACCGCGCAGAAUGUCAGCCCCUCGUCCCCGUCCCAGCAGCAGCAGCAGCAGCAGCAGCAGCAGCAGGGCGGCUGCAGCGGCGCCAACUGCGCGCCAGGCGGCGGCUCUGCCACGUCUGGCGCGGCCAAGGCCAGCAGCACCGCCGGCUCGUCGGCGUCUGGCUCGUCGGCGUCGGGCUCGUCGGCGUCGGGCUGCACUGGCGCCAACUGCGGCGGCACUUUCAACAACAGCAACGGCUCCGGCGGCAACGGCACCACGGGCUCUUCCUCUUCCACCGCCGCUCCUGGCUGCAAGGGUCCUGACUGCGGCGUCGUCCGCGGCGCCGGCGUCCGGUCCUCGGGUGGCGCCAGCGCCGGCCUGAUGGUCGUGCUCGGUGCUGUUGCUGUUUUCCUGCUGUAG